CUCUCACCCUCCUCACCUACCCGUCCACUUUGCGAGUCUUAUCGAGGCAAAGCGUCAAGAUGACCAGCCCCGCUCAGCACAUCGACGUCAAGCCCGAGAUCGGAACGCAGACUGAGCACUCGCUGCCUUCCGACGCAACGCCAAAGAUAGACGGUGAAACCUCACAGGCUCGACGUCAAGAGAAGGCUGCUCUCCGCGAGCUCAAGCGCUUGCGAAAGCAGAACAAGGUUUGGCGAAAGGAAAACAAGGCCCUCAAAGACGAGCUGGCCGCCCAAAAAGCCGAAGUAGUCUAUUACAGUGGAGAGGUUGACCACUAUCGCGGGCUUCACACUGAUGCUCGCCUCAAGCUUCGACUCAUGGCGUAUUAUAAGACUGAAGCUGCCAGGAAGAGCACCAUGCUUCGUGAUAUCAAGAAAUUCAUCUACAAGACUCUGGACGUGUCUGAAGUGGAUCUGCAAGUAGCCGAGAGUAUGAGCGACGAUGAUAGCAUCUGUAAUUACUGAGCCACAGAUCAGCUGAGCGCACAGAACGUCAACGGACAGCUGAUUUCGCUUGCACACCUCUACCAGCCGCUUUGUUCCUCCAGCGCGAUGAUGACCCCGCACAGGAAUGAGCGCAGCCCUUGCUACUGCUCGACAGCAGCCAGUGUAAGCCCUUCGAGAGUUGAGCCUCCGUGUGUCUUACCUUUGCCUCACGCUGCGCUCUAUUGGCAUCCACUGAGGCAGCCCUGUGGAUUAUUUAGCAAGCCCUUUGCAA